UGAAGUGUGUUGAAGCCAGUCUGUGAUUGAGAACAAAAGAUGGCGUCUGCCUUGGAAAACUUGGAGACUCAGCUCGAGCUUUUUAUUGAAAAUGUGCGGCAAAUUCGCAUUAUAGUUAGCGAUUUUCAACCGCAGGGCCAGAACGUAUUGAAUCAGAAAAUUCAAGGCCUCGUCAGUGGGUUGCAAGAAAUCGAUAAGCUCAAAUCGCAAGUUCAGGAUGUCCACGUACCUUUAGAAGUUUUCGACUACAUCGAUCAAGGAAGAAAUCCGCAACUCUACACGAAAGAUUGCAUAGAAAAGGCAUUGACAAAAAAUGAACAAGUUAAGGGGAAAAUCGAUGGGUACAGAAAGUUUAAAGCAAAUAUGCUUGUCGAAUUAAAUCGUGUGUUCCCUAAUGAAUUAGCUAAAUAUCGAGCGAUACGUGGCGAUGAAUAAUCACUGUACAUAUUCACUUAAUUCUAACGUUUAAUAUUUUUAUGACAUAUUUAUUAAAGAAAAUACCACAUUUUCCCUUGUGCGUUUUAUUAAAGUAAUCAAUAAAAUGUUUAAAAGUGAA